AUGGCAUCCACAAAACCAACGACCUAUUUCUCCGGCGGAAGGGUCCUUGAGAGCCCACCGCUGUCCGUCCGUCUCACCCGCUUCUUCGAGGGCGUCUAUAUCUUCCUUGGCUUGUACUUUGUGAGCCUGUUCUCGUUCGACCCAUACGGAUCGGCGCGGGACUCGCAGUUCAACAUUAACAACAUGAAAACCCCUGGCUUCCGACCUCCUUUCGCUAGAGGAUCAGGAUCCUCUGGUGGCGGCGGAGGCGGAGGGGUGGUGGAGGUGGAGGAGGUGGAGGAGGCGGUCCUCGGAAACGAUUUGGAGGCAUGGAUGAUAUCCGCGGCGGGCACAACGAUGGUAUCCAAGGCCUCGGAAACUGGCGACUUCGCCACGGAUGGAAUAAGGUAG